AACAAAGGGAAGCGUGGACAGAGGAAGAGCUUGGCGGCGAGGGGGAGUCGGCGAGGGAUGCUGCCUUGAGCAACUGACCCCGCUGCAGAUUGCACAUGCCAGCCCUGCCAGAAAACGGAGGACCCCGCAGACCCAGUCGUCCCGGCCGGCACCCCUUCUGCACAGAACCGCGGGCUGCAGGCUUCCCCGCGGCUGCCAGGGCCUCUGAGGCGGGGGGCCGGCAAUUCUGCCUCAUGCGUGGGGCAUUUCGCUAGCCAUGGCCCUGCUGCUCAGCAUCCUGCUGCUGCUGGGACUCUGCCCGAGAGCCGCUUCCCAGGGGCCCUCGUCCCCAGGCCGUCCCGAGGGCCUGGACUUUGAAUUGCCCAAAGCAAACUAUGAGACCAAGGACUCCUACAGCCCUGGGCCCAUUGGCCUUCUCUUCCCGAUGGUCCACCUCUUCCUGUACGUGGUGCAGCCCAACCCUUUCCCAGAGGGUAUUUUAAGAAAAAUAAUACAAAGGAAGUUUGACCUCUCCACUGAUUAUGAGAAGGUCAUCCACUAUGAGAUGGGGAUUCUCUUCUGCGCUGCCGUGGGGCUCCUCUUCAUUGCUGUCAUGCCCCUGGUGGGGCUCUGCUUCGGCGUGUGCCGCUGCCGCAGGAAGUGCGGCGGAGAGAUGCACCAGCGGCAGAGGAGAAACGGGGCCUUCCUGAGGAAGUGCUACGCGGCCUCCCUGCUGGCGCUGUGCGUGCUCAUGAGCAUCGGUAUCCUGUAUGGUUUUGCAGCCAACCACCACCUCAGGACCCACAUCGGGAAGACUCGGGAACUGGCAGACAGCAAUUUCAAGGACCUGAGAACUCUCCUGAACCAAAUUUCAUCGCAAGUCAAUUAUGCGCUGGACCAGUACACCACCACUAAGGAAAAGGCAUUCUCAGAUCUAGACAAUGUUAAGUCAUUACUUGGAGGCAGAAUUCAGGAACAACUGCGGCCUAAAGUGAUCCCCGUUCUUGAUAGCGUCAAGGCCAUGGCAGAAGAAAUCGUUGAGACCAAAGGCAACCUGUUGAAGACCAGCAAGAGCUUAGGGGAGGCGAAAAAGGCGACUGCAAAAAUCAACACCGACCUGCAGGAGGUGAAAAAGGACCUGGAGCAGGUGCUCAGCGACCCUGUGUGCUCCUUACCACCCCAGGACAAGUGCGAGGACAUCAGAGCGGCUCUGGGCCAGCUGGACAACAGCACCAACCUGGCUCGGCUCCCACCGUUGAAUAAGCCAAUUGAGAAUAUUGAUAAAGUUCUUCAAACAAAUUUAUACAGCCUGGCCCAAGAGGGCUAUAAAUCCUUUAACAGUAUACCUGAGGCGAUGGAAAAACAAACCACGGACAUGGUAUCAGAUGUCAAAAGUACCUUGAAUACCUUUGGCUCAAAUAUCGAAACUAUAAAGGAAGAGAUUGCGAUCGAGGACAUGGUGUCGCAGUACAUGAAGCCCAUCGAUUCCGCUGAGGCCUACGUGCGCCGCAGGCUGCCCACGCUGGAGGAGUACGACUUGUACAGGUGGCUCGGUAGCCUGAUUGUCUGCUGUUUGCUGACACUCAUCAUACUUUUCUAUUACCUGGGCCUAGUGUGUGGCACGUUUGGCUAUGACCCGAAUGCCACCCCAACCAGACGAGGCUGCGUCUCAAACACUGGAGGCAUCUUCCUCAUGGUAGGGGUCGGAAUCAGUUUCCUCGUCUGUUGGAUAGUGAUGAUCAUUGUGGUUUUUUCUUUUGUCGUUGGUGGAAAUGUGCAAAAAUUGGUCUGUGAACCUUACCGAAACAAGGAGUUAUUCCAGAUUUUGGACACACCGUAUUUACUAAAUGAGAAUUGGAAAUACUAUCUCUCUGGCAUGUUUCUUAACAAAUCGGAUAUUAAUCUCACUUUUGAACAAGUUUACAGUGACUGCAAACACGAGAGAGGCAUUUACGCCGCGCUCAAGGUGGAGAACAGCUACAAUGUCAGCGACUACCUCAACGUCCAAAAGAAUACUGGGAACAUCAGCAAUAGCCUUGAAGAAUGGGAGGUGAAGCUUGACAACAUGGUCCUGCUGGACGAUUCAGGAAGAAGAAACCUCCUGGACUUCAGCCACUCGGGAGUAGACAAAAUCGAUUUCAACACUUACUUGACUGAGAUAGCUAAACCGCUCACAAAAGUGAAUCUUUUAACAUUUGCGGAUGGUCUGAAAGCAAAAGCCGACAAGGUGCCCGAAGGAAACCUCAAAAAGACCAUGCUAACUAAUGUGCAGAAGAUUAAAACGAUUUACCACGGCCAAGUCCUGCCUUUGGAGUCGCCAAUGAAAGCUCUACACCAACGCAUUCAGGACCUUCAACACAAAAGCAGUGGAUUGGUGGUAAAAGUGAAAAAUAUCAUUGCCUCUUUGGAUUCUGCUCAGGACUUCAUCAAAAACAACCUUUCCUUUGUUGUUGUUCAAGAAAGUAAGAAGUAUGGGAAUACAAUCAUUGGAUAUUUUAAAUAUUAUCUGCAGUGGCUCAAGAUCGCUAUCACAGAGAAAAUUGCAACCUGCAAACCCGUGGCCACCGCUUUAGAUUCCACUGUUGACGUCUUCCUGUGCAACUACAUUGUCGAACCCAUGAAUCUGUUUUGGUUCGGCAUGGGGAAGGCUACCAUACUUUUGCUUCCAGCUAUAAUUUUUGCCGUGAAGCUGGCCAAGUACUUUCGGCGGAUGGACUCGGAGGACGUGUACGAGGAUGUUGAAACGAUAUCCAUGAAAAAAGGGCAGAUUGAAAGGCACAGAAUCUUCUGAAACCCAUUAGCUGUACCUUGUCUCAGAGCCAGGCAAGCUAGCUGCUCAUGUGACUUGGGACUGAUUCAAAGCCUACCCUUCCAUCAAAAAUAAAAACUAAUCAGGAGCAGCUGGACACCAUUCAGUAGACCAUGGGUCUUAUUACUCCUGGUUUAAGUGCUUUCUCUGGGGUACAAUCCAGAGGCCUGAACCCUCCAAAUAAGCCAGUUUCAGUUAAGGCAAAUGCUUAGACCCACAUCAGUUCGAGUGGGGCCCUCUUGGAAAGGAUACUCUGGUCCCACGGCCCGGACGACACCACCUGGCCCAGGAGCUCACCGUGGAGACUGUAUCACCUCAGAUGGCAGCUGCCCAAGACCUCGCCUUAGACCCCAAGCCCUGCGCUAGAGACAGCUUCACCCUGAUUUCAAAUCUUUGCCCUCGCAGUGCCCAUGGACUGCCUCUCCUAAGGCACGAACUGGACCCAGGACAUAUUUUGGCUUUUCUUCCUUUGAAAUUAGGACUCCUAGUGGGUUUCGGAGCUCACUGUCUGCUUGGCCCAUGAUCCCGGUCUACUCUUUGCUCUCUUCCAAAAUGUACACCCCCCUCCGAUGGCUAAAGGAAACCUGGUAGAAGUUACUGCUGCUGUGCCACCCUAGAAAUCAACGAAGAUUAUUG